AUGUCUGGCAUAGUAACUCUAACAACAAAAGCUCCGAAUUUUUUAAAUGCACUCUCAAAUGGUCGAUUUUUUACGCAAAAUUUCACUAAGAAUCACUUAUUAAGCAAAACAAGCCUAACUGAUUACGGUACGCAAUUUCAACCACUUAAUGCAAUUGAUGUAUUGGGCAAUAUAAUAGCAAAAUCGUUCAUCUAUUGCAGUGAACUAUGUGCUAAAAAUGAGGAGUGUAGCGUAUUUGACUAUGAUAGUAGUUCCAAACAAUGUCGUCUCUAUGAUGGCAUUGGAACUAUAACAAAUUCGACAUCCUUAACAAUGAAAUGCGGUAGACUGAUACAAACUACAAGUGACUUCGUACCAUAUGGUCAGUCAUGUUCACAAUGUCAAAAUAGUCGCUAUUUACAGUGUAAAAAUGGUACUACAUGUCAAUGUUGGAACAAUAAAUAUUGGUCUACUAACAAUAGUAUGUGCCAAAACCAAGGUUCUAAUGGGUCUUACUGUACAGCAUCGAUACAAUGUAGAGAUGAUUUGAAUUUGUCAUGUUCAACAACUGAGAAUAUGUGUUUAGUGGUAGUAGCAGCAAGUACAAUUACCACGAUAUCUGCACCGACUACGACAUUGACAACACUAACAACGACGCAUACAGUUAUGACGAUGACUGCGACAGUAACAGCAAGCGCAACUACCACGAUGCUAGCACUGACUACAACACUGACAGUACCAACAACCACGCAUACAGUUAUGACGAUGACUGUAACAGUAUCAGCAAGCGCAAAUACCACGAUGCUAGCACUGACUACAACACUGACAGUACCAACAACGGCGCAUACAGUUAUGGCGACGACUGCAACAGUAUCAGCAAGCGCAAUUACCACGAUGCUAGCGCCGACUACAACACUGACAGUACCAACAACCAAGCAUACAAUUACGACGAUGACUGCAACAGUAUCAGCAAGCGCAAUUACCACGAUGCUAGCGCCGACUACAACACUGACAGUACCAACAACGGCGCAUACAAUUACGACGACGACCGCAACAACUGCAUCAUUGCCAAUGUUUAUCAAUGUUUCAACUGCUAUCGUGGGUUAUAGGUUAUCGGCCAUGCUAAUUCCAAAUAUGGCCAUGGAAGUUGCCCUUAGUCCUUCGUAG